AUGUAUCAAUUCCUCCAUCUUCCGGUGGAGCUUAUCCGGAUGAUCGCCAAAAACCUCGAUCCUGAGGACGUUGCAGCGCUCUCCAUGUGCAGCACCUUUCUACACGAUAUCGCCGCCGAGUACACCCCUCCGGAGAUCUCCGCAUACGUCACAAUAUGCACUCUGGACAUCGCACUGGUUCAGAGGACGAUCGAGACAGCUACCAGAGAAACCAUCAAACUGGCCCUUAAGUAUGAAGGGAGUAAUUCCUACGCCCUUGGGAUUGUGGCCAAAGCCGAAAGAAUGGACCUUUUCAUACUCCUCUACCCCUUCGUCUGUCGCUGGCAUAAAAGCCUCCUGUGUGCCCUCAAUUCAGCAAUCUCGGUAUCUCAUCGUGCGAUGAUCACGCUUCUGCUUUCCCACAUCGACGCGGAUCAGCUGGCUAACGGGGUCUUGUUUGCCUGCGUCUGGUCCCCGUCAGAAUUCGUUCGGUGGUUUAUAUCCCAGUUGCCGACGCGGUGGCGAGCUUAUGCUUGCACCGCCGCCAUGGAGACUGUGGUUAAAUUGGGAGAGAUUGAGCUCCUGGAAAUUCUUAUUGCCGGAGGAGGCGACCCAAGCACCCUUCUGGACCAUAGAAGGCGGUGCGAUAAUAUACAAUCGGGGACCAUACUUCACUUUCUUGCCUAUUGGGGACUCACCAAUAACGAACCGGAACGGGCCCUUCAACCCAUGAUCCGCAUGCUUUGCGAGGCCGGGACUAAUGUUAAUGCGACCGACAGAGAUGGAAGGACAGCGCUUCAUAUCCUCGCCCGCAUCGGGUCAUUCAGCGUCGAGCAACACCUGGAGUCGUUGAAUAUGGUUCCAAAUACUCGUAUCGACUUGAUCUACGAGGAUAUCAUUCGGACAUUGAUCGAGUUCGGUGCCGACCUUGGCGUGGAGGACAUGUAUGGAAUGACGGCUUACGAUUAUGCAGACAAAUACGACGAACAGGUGAUGACAGGAAUCUUGAUAGAGCACUGUGAUCAUGUUCUCGACGAACGCGAGGCAAUCGAAGACCUGGAACGCGCCAUGGCCGCCCUCAGCCUCGAAUAA